AGAUCAAAAAUAUCAAAAUCAAAACACCGGUAAUUCGAUUUAAUAAUACCCAAAGACUACAAUGUUAUAAUAAUACCUAAUUACUGAUUAUGACCUAGUUGAAUAAAAUAAAUGUGACAUAAAUCAUAACUCAAGCUCGUAUAAAACUGUCGUAAAAGAAAAACGACUCUUAAGCAAGUUCGUGUAUGACUUGCAAUUAAAAUGCGCAAGUUGUUUGUACUUUUUCUGGUUUUCACCACAGCCUACGCCGAUGGGUUCACAAGGGUUCCGCUGUACCGCAUGCAGUCAGUGCGCAAGCACUUCCAUGAAGUGGGCACUGAGUUGCAGCAAGUACGGCUUAAGUAUGCAGCGACAGGGCCAGCACCCGAGCCUUUGUCUAAUUACCUUGAUGCUCAAUACUACGGACCGAUUUCUAUAGGCAACCCGCCGCAGUCGUUCAAGGUGGUGUUCGAUACGGGCUCUUCCAACCUGUGGGUACCCUCCAAGAAGUGCCACUACACCAACAUCGCUUGCUUGCUGCACAACAAGUACGACAGCACCAAGUCGCAUUCGUACGUCAAGAACGGCACCGAAUUCGCGAUACACUACGGAUCUGGCAGCCUCUCCGGCUUCCUCUCGCAGGAUGACGUCACCGUGGGGGGCAUCACGGUGCGCGGGCAGGUGUUCGCGGAGGCGAUGUCGGAGCCCGGGCUGGCCUUCGUGGCCGCCAAGUUCGACGGCAUCCUCGGCAUGGCCUUCAAGAAAAUUGCGGUGGACGGCGUGACGCCGGUGUUUGACAACAUGGUGGCGCAGGGUCUGGUGAAGCCGGUCUUCUCCUUCUACCUUAACCGGGACGCGAGCGCUGCUCAGGGCGGGGAGCUGAUCCUGGGCGGGUCGGAUGCUGCGCACUACCGCGGCAACUUCACGUACGUGCCGGUGCAGCCCAGCUACUGGCGCUUCCGCAUGGACGCCGUCCAGCUGCGAGGACAAACCUUCUGCGCACAGGGCUGCGACGCGAUCGCGGACACGGGCACGUCGCUGGUGGGGGGGCCCACCGAGGAGGUGGCGGCGCUCAACCGCGCGCUCGGCGCCACGCCCAUCGCCUUCGGCCAGUACGCCGUCGACUGUUCUCUCAUACCCAACUUGCCGAAGGUCGCCUUCACCAUCGGCGGCACUACCUUCGAACUUGACGGCACCGACUACGUCCUAAGGGUGUCGCAGUUUGGCAAGACGGUGUGUCUCUCCGGCUUCAUGGGGCUGGACAUCCCCCCUCCCAAUGGGCCGCUGUGGAUCCUGGGCGACGUGUUCAUCGGCAAGUACUACACCGAGUUCGACGUCGCCAACCAGCGCCUCGGAUUCGCACCCGCGGUCUAGCCGCAGCGUCCGCGUCCCCAACUACACUAAUAAUAAACUUACACUUUCCACACAUUCACCCAAAGCCACUCAAAAUAUUAUAAAUUUACUUAAUAUCUUAAGUAAUUAAUUACGAAUGAAAUUCAUAUUGCGAAACAAGCCCAAUAUUUCAGACAAUGAUUAAAAAACCCGACUGCAUAAAAAAGUUUACUGAAAAGAGAAAAAUUUUAUACCCUAUGUCACGGAUUUAACAACCCCUCAUAUGUUAAAGUCCAUCAAGCGGCUUGGGCUACAGAGCGUGCCAAAAAAUAUAGACACACAUGCAUACACACUCUAAAAAAACAUUGGCCUUCUUCUGCGGCAGUUAGGUGAAUAGUGUUUUAAUACAUUUUUCAUUAUUAAAAGCAGAACUCAUAAGUUACAUUAUGUUAGAAAACUUUCCACUUGGUCUGACACUGAGACUCGAUAAGUUUGGCAAAGAUUUAAAUAAUUAUAAUAAAAAGUGUGUGUUGGUUUGUUGUUUGCUGCAGACAUUACACUAGGUGUUUAUGCUCAUACAGUGCUUUUAUAGUUAUGAUUUUCAGUUAGUGCAUAGUUUUAGUAGUUUUUUUUUUUGUUAUUUACAUUUAUUUACAACCUAGGUCAAUAAAGACAGUGGAUAUGUUUAAUGGAACAUAAGAAUCUUUAAACCAAAUACUCGGAGCUUCACAAAAUAUUUUGGCACCAAACAAAUAUUGUUAUUGCCAAAAUUACGUCGCCCCGUUUUCAGGAAUACAAGAACGACAAUGUUUCUUUGCCAUAUAAAAGAGCCAAAAAUAAAUCGCUUAACUUGUAUACACUACUCAUUGUAGGCAUAUAUUAUAUUCCGUAUCACGGACAUCAACAACCGAUUGUACCAUUUGUACUAUUUGUUUAUUUUGUAUUUUGAGGCUAACAACUUAGAACUCAUGACUGCAAAUUGCUCUCUACUCGUUCAACUGCUUGAAGUAAAUAUUGUAAAAUUUAGUAAAUACUAAAUAUUAGUAGCAAAGAAACUAUGUAGUUCCUUACUUUACCUUUUAUAAUAUUUAUGCAAUAAAUGUUUU